UUUAAAUUCGGUUUGAAUAGAAGUUGGGAUUCAAUUAUGAGGAACCACACAGUAACUACAUUUGUCCUGCUGGGACUGACUGAUGAUCCACAGCUGAAGAUUGUAAUUUUUGUCUUUCUGUUUCUUACCUACAUUUUAAGUGUAACUGGGAAUCUUGCCAUCAUCUCCCUCACCUUCAUGGAUUCACACCUUCAAACUGCCAUGUACUUUUUCCUACAAAAUUUCUCCUUCCUAGAAAUCUCAUUUACAACUGCUUGUAUUCCCAAAUACUUGUACAACAUAUCAACAGGUGACAAGACAAUUACAUAUGAUAAUUGUGCCACUCAAAUUUUUUUUACUGAUCUUUUUGGUGUAACAGAAUUUUUCCUCCUUGCCACCAUGUCUUAUGACCGAUACAUAGCCAUCUGCAAACCCCUGCAUUAUGUCACCAUCAUGAACAACAGAGUCUGCAGGAGACUUGUCUUAAGCUGCUGGGCAGCUGGCUUGCUGGUUGUUCUCCCACCUCUUAGCCUGGGCCUUGACCUGGAAUUCUGUGACUCAAAUGUUAUUGACCACUUUGUCUGUGAUGCAUCCCCCCUCCUAAAGAUCUCAUGCACAGAAACGUGGCUCAUAGAGCAGAUGGUAAUUGGUUGUGCUGUGUUAACCUUCAUAAUGACCCUUGUGUGUGUAGUUCUUUCCUACAUAUACAUAAUGAAUACUAUUAUAAGAUUCCCUUCUGCCCAGCAAAGGAAAAAGGCUUUUUCUACCUGCUCUUCCCACAUUAUUGUGGUCUCCAUUACCUAUGGCAGCUGCAUCUUCAUCUAUGUCAAACCUUCAGCUAAGGACUCAGUGGCUAUUAAUAAGGGUGUGACAGUCCUCACUACUUCAAUCGCUCCUAUGCUGAACCCAUUCAUUUACACAUUGAGAAAUAAGCAAGUCAAACAGGCCUUUGACAACUCUGUCAAAAGGAUUGCAUUGCUGUUAAAGAAGUGA